UGUGACGCAGGGGUAAAUGUCGUCUUUAUAAAGUCCGUCCGUGGCGUCGGUUCAUCACCAUUAAGCCAGAGCGCUUUCCAGGAGCAAAAUCACCAUCAUCAGGAAUCCUUUUCACUUGUUCACAUAUGAAUAUGCUGUGGCGUUUUCUUCUGCUCUGGAUCUUACUGAGUCGCGCAGACUCCUUUAGCGUCACAGUACCCUCCAAUCCUAUAUUUGUGGUCCGUGGAGCCACGGCACUUCUUCCAUGUGAAUUUGAACCAGACUAUAACAUCUCUAAUUUGGUGAUCACAUGGCAACGGCAGGAAGACUCACGGGUGGUCCACAGCUUCUACUACGAGAGAGACCAGCUUGAUCGACAAAGCUCAGAUUAUUUAAACCGGACGAAGUUAAAUCGCGAGGAAUUUGCUGGAGGAAACGCAUCCCUAAGUAUAGCCAAUAUUGGACUGAAGGAUGCAGGGAACUACAUGUGCAUAGUGAGCAAUGGCAAGGGAACUGACAGAGGAGUAGUGCGGCUGGUCUAUGCGGCUUUCUAUUCUGAACCGAGGUUAAGCAUCCUUCUCAAAUCCACUGAUGUGACUGUCCAAUAUGAGACAGAGGGCUACCCGAGGCCAGAGGUCAUGUGGCUGGGGUCAGAAGGUCAGAAUCUCACUGACGACCUGGAGGUUUCGUCUGCAUCAGACGGAGGAUUGUACUACUUAAAAAGCAGCUAUGUAACCCAGAGCCCAGUGUUCAAUGUCACAUUUAGUCUGAAAAACCCUGCUGCGCAUCAGGAGCUACAAAGGCAUGUUAACCUCAGCUAUGAUGGGAACACGAGCUCCAGUAAACCAGUCGUGGUUCUGUCUGUGUUGUGUUUUUUCCUCCUGUGCUCCACGGGUCUGCUGCUAGGGUUAUACUGUCAUAACAGAAGCAAAUGACCAUACUGGACUCAUGCAGAUCAAGAUUGACAUGAAUUGCUGGAAAUGACAUGCGCUGAGCACCAACUACUACUGCUAUUCCAAUAGUGCCUCCAACAUUAUUUUUGGGCUUGUAUUUUUAUAUUUAACUUAAUACUGCUGCUCUACUAGACUUUAUGUAAUCCAGAUUUUGGAGAGAAGCACAAGAAAUCAUUAAAGUUGAAGUGUGUGAUUUUUGUUGAAUUUCAAUCAUUUUUUUCACUUGCUGUCCUAAUUUCUUCACGAGCAACUACCCUGAGUCAAUUUCAGGCUUUUUAGAGCAGAGUGAGAAUACUAUAAUUAGAAUGUUUUACAAAAAAAAUUAUAUUUUGCCAAAUUCAUGGCUAUACUUUUGAAUAGCCGUUUAUGGAAAAAUAUGUUUUUGGAAACCUAAAAGUGACAGCAACAGUAACAUGACCAUGCUAACCAGCGUAACAACACUAGCAUGAAUUUAAGGCAGGACUAUCAAUCUUUUUUAGUCUGUUUGGCACCACAGAAAUGACACGCUUCAGCUUUAAAAGUGGCAGCUAAUUGAAGACAAUGUCAAACCUUUUUGAACAGUAAGAGGUUUUUAAAAGAAGCCUCUUAUGCUCAACAACCCUGCAUUUAUUG